CUAUGCUUGACUCUUUUUCUAUUAUAUAGAUUUAUAGCGCACCUUUGUGGAAUGCAGUAUGUAGUUAGUCAAUGUUACCACUUGUCGUGCAGCUGAUAACGAAUUUUCUUUACAGAGUCGAGACUUUUGAAAGUUGAAAUAAAUUAAAUUAUCAUCGAAGAAGAAGGGGGUCGUGUGGCGACAAAAUCGGUUGCGGCAGCGAUGACGUCCUUCCUCUUCCCAGUCCCUAUUUCAAGGUCAACUGAUGCACCAUUCCUCAAUCCAGUCCAGUCGAUUCAUCACUCAAAUUCCCAAUUCCGCCAAAAUGGGAGUGAAUGUGCCGACAAUCAAGCUGGGGUCGCAGGGCCUUGAGGUGUCCAAACAAGGCCUCGGUUGCAUGGGCAUGUCGGCCUUCUACGGCCUGCCUAAGCCCGACGCCGAUAUGAUCAAACUUAUCCACCACGCCAUCAACUCUGGCGUUACCUUUCUCGACACCUCCGACAUGUACGGUCCCCACACCAACGAGAUCCUAAUCGGAAAAGCUUUGAAAGGGGGAAUGAGGGAAAAAGUGCAACUUGCUACCAAGUUUGGAAUAAUAAACCGUGAUGGGAAGGGUGAGGUACAUGGUGACCCGGCAUAUGUGAGGUCAUCAUGUGAGUCGAGCUUGAAGCGUCUUGAUGUUGACUGCAUUGAUCUCUAUUAUGUUCACCGCAUUGACACUAGUGUGCCCAUAGAAAUCACUAUGGGGGAACUCAAAAAAUUGGUUGAAGAAGGAAAAAUAAAAUACAUUGGCCUCUCAGAGGCCUCUGCUUCUACAAUUAGAAGGGCUCAUGCUGUUCAUCCAAUUACUGCUGUUCAAAUCGAAUGGUCAUUGUGGUCCAGAGAUGUGGAAGAAGAAUUGAUUCCUACAUGCAGAGAACUCGGUAUUGGAAUUGUCCCAUAUAGUCCACUUGGACGUGGCUUCCUUUCAGUAGGACCCAAGAUGUUAGAGAAUGCAUCAGAGGGUGACCUUCGCAAGAUCUAUUUUCCGAGAUUCCAUGAUGAAAAUCUUGAAAGCAACAAGCUCAUAUACGAAAAGAUAUGUGAAAUGGCUACAAGUAAAGGAUGCAGCCCAUCUCAGUUGGCGUUGGCUUGGGUUCAUCACCAAGGAGAUGAUGUGUGUCCUAUACCGGGCACCACCAAGAUCGACAACUUCAACGACAAUAUCGGUGCCCUUUCUGUAAAACUUACUCCAGAAGAGAUGGCUCAACUCUCUGCUUUGGCUGAGAAUGUGAAGGGAGAAAGGUACAUUUCCAUGGUGAGCACAUGGAAAGACGCAAACACGCCCCCAUUGGAAUCCUGGAAAGCCGAGGCCUGAGUUGCAUGAGAGCAUCUGUGCUCCUUCCAUGGCCAUGCUAUAACACUGAGGAAUAAUGGGAUUCAGAUUCGUAGCCUGAUCUCUUACCUUCAUGGAGGGGAGGAAUACCAUUGGCCUACAAUAUUUGCUUCCUUUGUUAGUUAAGUGUUUAAACAAUAUUUGCUUCCAAGAUAGUGUUUAAUAAUCUUAUGCUUUCGUGCAUAAGCUUGUUGUAUCAAUGUGAACUUCCUCUGUUAGAUGGUUAUGUAUUACCUUGCUCGUGGUGUAGACCAUAAAGUAUGUAUUUGUGUAGGCUGAUGUUAUCAUGUAAAAUUCAACACUUUUGAAAGUUGAAAUAAUUAAUUUACAUCUACGAA